UUGUGAGGGGAAGCCCUAGGCUUGCGGCCUUAGAGUGCCCAAGUGUGGCGGCUGGGGAAGGGGUCUGAUUCGGUCUUUCUGUAGCGGUUUGACUUCCUGUUUGGAGCCGCGGUUGUUUAAAGCCCUAGGGUACUUGGGAAGGGACCGGCACUCGAAGCUGUGUUUACUCUUAACUUUGCGACUCUCAGGUCUAAGAUGAACAAAGUCUGUGCUAUUUUUGGGGGCUCCCGGGGUAUUGGCAGGGCAGUAGCGCAGUUAAUGGCCCAGAAAGGCUACCGACUGGCGAUCGUCGCCAGAAACCUGGAAGUGGCCAAAGCCGCUGCCGGUGAGCUCCGCGGAGAUAGCCACGCCGUAGUCAACUUUUUAAGAAGGGGAAAAGGCAAGCUCCUGGGCGCCCGGAUACAGGACUGGGCACUGCGGAGUUUGGGCGGGCAAGGAAAUCAUUUGGCUUUUAGCUGUGAUGUUGCUAAAGAACAUGAUGUUCAAAAUACAUUUGAAGAGAUUGAGAAACAUUUAGGUCAAGUAAAUUUCUUGGUAAAUGCAGCUGGUAUUAACAGGGAUAGUCUUUUAAUAAGAACAAAAACUGAAGAUAUGGUAUCUCAGCUUCAUACUAACCUCUUGGGUUCUAUGUUGACAUGUAAAGCUGCCAUGAGGACUAUGAUUCAACAACAGGGAGGGUCUAUUGUUAAUGUUGGCAGUAUCACUGGUUUAAAAGGCAAUUCUGGCCAGUCUGCAUACAGUGCCAGUAAAGGAGGAUUAGUUGGAUUUUCUCGUGCACUUGCUAAAGAAGUAGCAAAAAAGAAAAUUAGAGUGAAUGUAGUUGCACCAGGAUUUGUCCAUACAGAUAUGACAAAAGACUUGAAAGAAGAACAUUUAAAGAACAGCAUCCCGCUUGGGAGGUUUGGAGAAACUAUUGAAGUGGCACACGCGAUUUUGUUUCUUUUAGAAUCUCCAUAUAUUACAGGACAUGUUCUAGUGGUGGAUGGAGGAUUACAACUUGUGAUGUAGAGAUUGUUCGUUUAUAAAUGGUGGUUUGAAUCACUUUGGCUAUUGAUUAUAAAUCACACCUACAUGGGUGACAUUUACUAAUCAAAUAUUGAUGCCACAAAUGUUGAUUCUCAUGUUUAUAUGAUUGUCUGAAAAGAACAGCUGUGUUUUAGCUAAAAGGGUAUGUGUUGUCUACCAUUGAUUAUCUUACGGGCUGUAGUAAUUUUGGUAUAUUGACAUUUUGCAAGGGAUAUUAACAGGUAUUAACUUACAUAUUUUAUCUCAAAAGUGCAAAAUUAUAUGUCUAAUUGUGAUGAAUUUUUUCACUGUGUCAGGUUGAAUUUUCUAGACCUUAACCUUUUGGACUUUUGCCAAAAUAGGAGUAGGUGUAUUUACAGAAUGGUCAUUAGUUAUCAGUGCUUCAGCUAACAUUAAACAUUGUAUUGGUUGUCCAUGUGCUUAGGCCAUCAGUUUUUCUAUAGGUUGGAAAAAAAUAGUAUCAGUUAGAUAAAGAUAUGAAGUUAGAUUCUAUUUCUUAGAGAGGUAUUAUCCUUGGUUAAGCAGUUAGGCAAAAUAAUCUGCAAAUUUAAGUAUGGUUCAGUUGACCCAUUCUUUAGAAAUUCUCAAAGGUGAUGAGGAUUAAUCCUUACAUUAAGGUUUUAAUAUCUGGUACAGUAAUGAGCUGCACAGAUCAUGAAUGUAGGGAGUGUUCUUUUUACUCACAAAAAAACCCCCCUCACUAUUGUGAGCUAUUUCAAAAAUGUGUAAGAAAUAUAUUAAGAGUAUUUUGUGGGCCAGGGGUGGUGGCAUAUACCUGCAAUUCCAGCUACUCAGGAGACUGAGGCAAGAAGAUUGCAAGUUAUGACCAGUCAGGGCAACUUAACAAGCCCCUGUUGAAAUAAAACAAUAAAAUUUAAGAAAAAUAAAAAAGAGAGCUGGAUAUAUAGCUUAGUAGUCAUAGGUUCAAUCCCCAGUAUCACAAAAAAAGUAUUUUGCAUUAGUGACAUAAUAAUGAUUCUUACCCUAAUAUUUUAGAAAGGUAAUAAUUAUUCAUAAAUAAUCAUUAAAAAUAACAUGCAGUAAUAAUAGUUAAAUGUCUUUACAAGAAGCGAAGCAUUAGUUUUGGAAGAGAAUAUUUGCCUGGGAAUAGAGAUAAAGACACAAACUGAACGGAAAAUAUCAGAUUUCUUUCUUGUACUGAAUUCUUGGGAAUAAUGUGAUACUUCAGUGUCACUGGAUUUAUGUUGGUUUUUAUUAUAUCAUCGUUAAAAAUUAUAAAUAUUGUACUUUAAAAAGUAACCUUUUAUAGCUCUUUGGAAGAUGAACAUUAUCUAAGCAGAGACUUAAUUAUAUAUUGAAAAUUUGUGCAAAAAUAUGAGUGGGAUAUACUAAUGUUCAGUGUAAUAGUAUUUUAAGUUAAAGCUGUGUUCUAAAUCAAGAUUCCUGAUUUCUUAAAAAUUAUUCUUAAUUUAUCUUUGAAGUAGUUUUCUUAAAUCUUCAGAAUAUGGGAAAGUUUAAAUGUAAAUAAAGCUAGCUGUUGAACAGAUCUGCUAAAUGCAAAGCAUAGUAAUAUCUAGAAUGUAUCAGACAUUAGCAAUUCCAGGUACAGAAGUGUAGCCUUUAGGAUGGCUUCAAAUGUAGUGCUUCUAAGCUAGGAGAGUUUAUGCCGACAGAGGAUGUAGCUUUUCUUACCCAGUCUCACCCACUGGCUUUUGGUUACGUGCAUUUCAUUACAGUAUUUCACUCAGGCUUUAAUUCCCUUUGCUGAACAUGUCAUAUUAUGAAGUUACCAGUGAGGCUGAUUUGACUUGUGAUUAACCCAUUUAUGUCAUAUUUGCAAUUUUUUGACCUUUUGCUUGAAAUUCAUACCUAGACAAAUUCAAGGAAGAAAAAUUUGAAGAGAAAAAUUUUUAUGUUUCCUUGUUUGUGCUAUUUCAAUAAUGGAACACUAGGUAUAAAUGGGUUAAGAAAGAAUGUCUUUUGCUGAAGUACUGACAUUGAGAUGUGAGUUAACCUUUAAGUGUAUGUCUAUACACUUUAAAAUAAGAAAUAAACCUGGGCUGGGGAUUUAGCUCAGUGGUUCCACGGCCUGCCUGGCAAGCACAAGGUCCUGAGUUUGUUCCCCAGUACCACAAAAAUAAAUAAAUAAAUAGAGUAAAAUAAGAAAUAAAACCUUUUAAACUGUUCUAAUCCUCCCCACAUUAUAUCAAACUGGUAGACUAUAUGGAGAUACAUUAAAACACAAAGUAAAUCUUUACUCUGCUGUAUUCUAGGUGAAUUCUCCACCUACUCUCACUGACCUGUUAAAACAUGUAAUUUCAUACUUACAUUUUGUUUCUAAAAUCAGUUGCCAGCUGUUGCCUUAUACUCAGAAUUUGUGAACUUUAGUGAAUUCUUGACCAGAAGCCUCAUCUGUACCUGAUACCUGACCUUAAAAAGCCCAUAGUCCAGGCUGUGGUUAGCAUUAAAAAAAAAGUUAAUCGUUAAAGACAAUGUAUUAAAAUUUUGCAUUGAGAUUUUAAAAUUUGUACUCUUUUCAUACUUUUAUUCAUACUUAAUUUAUGAGGGAUUUUAAAUGCUUUUAAGGCAUAGAAUUAUUUCUGCCUACUUUGGAGGGGAAAUAAUUUGGACAGAGAAGAUCAUUUAAUUUAUGUGCUUCUGUUAUCCAAUAAAGAAGGAAGACUCUUCUGGAUAUUGAAGAAUUAUACGUUACAUCACAAAUAUUUUUCCAAACUUUUUAAAUGAAAAUAUGUGUAAAUGAAGAAAUCAUACCCCUGUCCUAACUUGACAUACUAUACUUAAAUAAAGUAUUUAAUAAACUUUUUAUGUUAA